AUGGAGGGAGGAAGCCGCCGGGCCGCAGCGGCUUCGCCCGUCCUCCCGGUCCCGGACGAGCUCAUCGUCGAGAUCCUCGCGCGGCUGCCGGCCAAGUCGCUCUGCCUCUGCGAGUGCGUCUCGCGGGCCUGGCGCGCCUUCAUCUCCGAUCCGGCCAACCGCCGCAGGUUCGCGCAGACGCUGUCGGGCCUCUUCUUCUCCCGUCCCUACGGCAGCCGCCCGACCUGGGACUUCAUCGGCUUGUCUAUGUCUUCGGUUUUGCCUCCGCCUCCCGGGGUUGAUAUGACUCUCUCCUUCCUUCCCCCCACCUGUGAGCUGCUGGACUCUUGCAACGGGUUGCUCCUCUUGCGGAGCGAGGAAUAUUGGCAACGACAUUCACCACCACCCUUCUACAUCGUGUGCAAUCCAGCCACCGGGGAGUGGGUUACCUUACCCCAACCAAGCCGCGUCCCAGGUCUUAUUGACUAUUAUGACGGUGGCCGCUUACUUUAUGUUGAUAGCAAUCUCGACUCAAGUGAUGCCAUGUCAAUCUAUGUUCUUGAGGAUCAUGACAGUGAGGAGUGGAUAUGGAUCUUUAAACAAAGCAUCAACAAGCCAGAUCUAUUUGGACCAAGAAUGCCAGGAAGGGUAUCGGACUACUACACAGCUGCGUUUCAUCCAGACAGCGAUUUGAUCUUCUUCUAUGAUUGGUUAAAGAAAAGACUGGUGUCCUAUGAUAUGAAACACAGGGAUGUGCAUGUUAUCUGUACUCUAGAAGUUCCCUAUUUUGAGUUUCUACCAACAGAAGAUGUGCAUCGUAAAUUUUUCCCAUAUGUUCCGUUGUACUCAGGGGCAUUACCAUCAUCUAGUCUCAGCUAG